AUGCACGAUGACUUCAAUGUUCACAGGAAAGUCCGAGAAAUAACAAGGAAAGGCCACAAAAACAACUGUAAACCUUUGGUCAACGAAGCAGGAGAAAUCAUCAUUGACGCCGGGAAAAAGAAGGAGGCCUGGAAAACAUAUCUAGAGAAUCUAUUCCAUGAUUUACGCAAAGAACAAAAACCAACUGUAGGAGAGGGACCAGAAAUUCUUGUGGACGAGGAUCUUUAUCAAAUUGGAACAAGAAACACUGAAUUUACUCGACACCUUACUAGCAGAGUUAACCAACUAGCAACGGAAGUAGACGACCUGAAGCAAGAUGUCUCCGGUUUGACAGAAGCAGUUCAUGACCUCCAAAACCUUGAUGCUCAUGUCGAAGAAUUGAACACAGCUGUCAACCCAAUAAAUUCCAAUGUGGCUGAAUUGGACAAGACCCUCAGCACACACUAG